UAACAACCCUCCUUGUUUGAUUCAGUAGGUCAUUCACUUGGUAAGGCGCUCUUUCGAUUGUCUCGUGCAGUGGCACUUGUGGAAUUUGCUAAUCAUGUCUGGAGGGUUCUCAGUCUUGGAGCUUUCUGCAGAAGACUUGCGGUUGAUGCUGGCAGCCCAAGUUCAUGUAGGCGAGACGACCAUGAACUUUCAGAUGGCUAAUUAUGUACACGGACGUACCAAAGAGGGAUUCCAUAUAAUCAAGCUGGAUAAAACAUGGGAAAAAAUACUUCUUUCUGCACGCGCUAUUGCAGCAAUCGACUAUCCAGCAGGGGUUUUUGCAAUCGGAUCCAGGCCAUAUACGCAACGUGCUGUCUUGAAAUUCGCUAACUACACUCGUACAACAGCUAUGGCAGGUCGCUUCACUCCUGGUGCUUUCACAAACCAAAAGCAAGCAUGCUACAGAGAGCCGCGUCUCCUUGUUGUCAGUGAUCCUCUGAGUGAUCAUCAGGCUGUAAUUGAAGCUAGUCGUGUAAACGUUCCAGUGAUCGCAUUUUGCAACACUGAUACACCUUUACAUCGUGUCGAUAUUGUUAUCCCUUGCAACACUAAGUCUACUCAUUCAAUUGCUGUUGUUUGGUGGUUGCUUGCUCGUGAAGUCCGACGUAUACGGGGAGAAGAUAUAAGACUGCAACAAUGGAGCGUGCUACCGGAUUUAUUUUUAUACCGUGAUCCUACAGACGAAGAACAAAAUAAUGAAGAAACUGAUGAUGCUAGGAUGGAGCCAGCAAUCCCAGGUGCUGAUGUGGAGGCCGCAGAAACAUGGGGAGUUGAACCGACAAUGCCUGUUGGAUCACUUGGUGAUAUGGGUCUUCCUGCCUCUGGUUACGGUCCUGUUGGUGGAGCUGCUGGCGGAGGUUGGAGUAAUCUGGAUGCGGAUCCAACUGAAACUUGGUAGUUGGCUAAUAUAAAUUCAUGAAGUGG